AACAAAAGCAAUAUGCUUGCGAUAUGGAAAUCAUCGGAACAAUUAAUAAAUAUUUCAUCAAGCGUAAAACCUGCAAGAAGAUUUUUUCGCAUAGGAACGACGGAAUCAAUACCCUGGGCAUACUACAAGAAAGAUCCUGAAACAGAAAAACUGUUGUACGAUAACGAUGGUAAUCCGAUUUGGGAAGGUUACUGUAUCGAUUUAAUUCAAAAACUUUCAGAAAAAUUAAACUUUGAUUUCGAAAUCGUUUCACCAAGAUAUGGAACUUUUGGUGAAAAGCAAUCGGAUGGUAGCUGGGAUGGUCUUAUUGGUGAUCUGGUCUAUGGUUACACUGAUAUAGCAGUUUCAUCACUAAAAAUGACUUCAGAACGUGAAGAAGUUAUUGAUUUUAUAGCGCCUUAUUUUGAACAAACUGGAAUAUCAAUCGUAAUUCGGAAUCCAGUGAGACAAACUUCGUUGUUUAAAUUUAUGACUGUGUUACGAACAGAAGUUUGGUUUAGUAUUAUUGCUGCUUUAGUCGCCACCGCUAUAAUGAUCUGGCUCUUAGAUAAAUAUUCACCUUAUAGUGCUGCUAAUAAUAAAAAUGCGUACUCAUAUCCAUGUCGGGAAUUUACUUUAAAAGAAAGUUUUUGGUUCGCUUUAACAUCUUUCACACCACAAGGUGGUGGAGAAGCUCCAAAAGCUGUUUCUGGUCGAGUAUUAGUUGCAGCUUAUUGGCUUUUUGUUGUCUUAAUGUUAGCCACAUUUACAGCAAAUUUAGCUGCGUUUUUAACAGUUGAAAGAAUGCAAACUCCAGUUCAAUCAUUGGAACAAUUAGCUAGACAAUCACGAAUUAAUUAUACAGUCGUCAUGAAUUCGGACACACAUGAAUAUUUCAUUAAUAUGAAACAUGCAGAAGAUACCCUUUAUCGAAUGUGGAAAGAGCUUACCCUAAAUGCUACAGCAGACCAAAGAAAAUAUCGAAUUUGGGAUUACCCUAUCAAAGAGCAAUACGGACACAUUUUACUUGCUAUUAAUUCAUCAAACCCUGUCAAAGAUGCUAAAGAAGGAUUUCGGAAAGUUAAUGAACAUGAAAACGCUGAUUUUGCAUUUAUUCAUGAUUCAGCGGAAAUUAAAUAUGAAAUUACGAAAAAUUGUAAUUUAACAGAAGUUGGAGAAGUUUUUGCUGAACAACCUUACGCUAUUGCAGUACAACAAGGAAGCAACUUGCAGGAUGAAAUAAGUUAUGCUGUACUAGAAUUACAAAGAGACCGAUAUUUUGAAAAUUUAAAUGCAAAAUUUUGGAAUAAUUCGGCAAGAAAGGGUUGUUCAACAUCAGAGCAAAAUGAAGGCAUAACUUUGGAAAGCCUAGGUGGCGUUUUUAUAGCUACGUUAUGUGGUUUAGCUUUAGCUAUGGUAACUUUGGCUAUUGAGGUUGCAUAUUAUAAAGCGAAAGCUAAAAAAAAGAAAACAGUAAAAAGAGCUGCGACAGAUAUAACAAAAAGAAAGAUGUUCAAUCAAAGCAAGCAAGUGAAAAUGAUCUCAAGGAAAUCCACUUCAAGUGUCUUUCGUGAUAUAUAUAACCAAACACAUUAUAGUGAAAAGGAGGCUAGAAGGAGAUUAUUUAACAGCACAAAAGAUAGCUUAGAGUAUGUCCAACGUUUAGAUUUACAAUCUGAACUAAAUGUUCAUUCGGGUUGCGUUAAUUCAAUUUCUUGGAAUAAAAAUGGUGAAUAUAUUUUAUCUGGAGCAGAUGAUCAACAUAUUACAAUCACCAACCCAUUUACCAGUGAAAUUCUAGUCAAAUUUAAAACACUUCACAAGUCAAAUAUAUUCAGCGUAAAAUUUCUACCACAAUCUGACGAUCAUGAUAUUGUAUCAUGUUCUGGCGACGGAAUGGUAAUGCAUACGGAAUUGACAACAAUCGGAACUAAAGGAAUAUUCGGUUGUGAAAAAACUGAAAUGUCCCAAAAUUAUUUUAAUUGUCAUAAUAACGGUACGACAUAUGAAGUGCUAACUAUACCCACUGAACCAAAAUCUUUUAUGAGUUGUGGCGAGGAUGGUACUGUUCGCUUAUUUGAUCUUAGAUUAAUUUCAAACUGUCAUAAAAGUUAUUGUAAAGAUAAUAUUUUAAUAUUUAGUCCAUCAGCUACCACAGCAAUGUCUUUAGCACCAAUUUCACAUUAUUAUUUAGCUGUUGGCAGUUCUGAUAGUUUAAUUAAAAUUUAUGACCGCCGUUAUUUGUCCUUAAUGGAUUUUUCUUCAUUACCUAGUACAACAAUUGUAACAUCGUUUGCUGGUGUAAAAUAUACCGUACCAGUGAAAGCUUUCCAGAUUCCAACUGAUACAAAAAGAAAUUACCGCGUUACUUCAGUGCAAUAUAGCAAAGAUGAAAAUGAUUUGCUUGUUAGUUACUCUUCAGAUUACCUGUAUUUAUUUGAUGCAACUAAAAAUGGCAUUAGUCUAGAAACAAAGCGUGACAAAAAAGUAAAUAAAAAACCUUUUCUAGAUUCGACUCCACCACCUGUAAGAAAAUUGAGACUACGUGGUGAUUGGUCUGAUACAGGGCCUAACGCAAGACCUGAACGUGAUAUUACAGGACGCGUUGAAAUUGGUCAAGUACGACCUCAAUUACAUGGAACAAUAAUGCAUAGAAUGACUGAAGUAUUGUCUCGAAUGUUAAACGAUCCGCAAACAAGGAGUGGAUUGAGCGGGCAUGCGCCUGAUAUUUCGCAAGACAAUCACGCUUUAUUUGAUUCAGCCGCAAGAGAAAUUGAAAAUUAUAACAAUCGAAAUGAUGACCCUCAGCCGGGGCCUUCUGGUUUGUUUAACGAUAAAAAUAACGAGAACUCAAAAUCGAAUGAAGAUAUGGACAUUGAUGAAGAACAAAAUUCUAAUAAAUUAGAUGAUCAAACUUCACUAAAGGAUGAGUUAGAAAAAAUAGAAAUUGAUACCAAAGAAUUUAUUUAUAAUUAUAUGAAAAUGAAAUAUGAAGGGCAUAGGAACGCUAGAACAAUGAUAAAGGAAGCCAAUUUUUGGGGCAAUAAUUAUGUUAUGUCAGGCUCAGAUUGCGGUUACUGCUUCAUUUGGGAUCGACAUAAUGGAAAACUAGUCAAACUAUUGCAAGCUGACCAACAUGUUGUGAAUUGUGUGCAGCCACAUCCGGAGUUACCGAUUUUAGCAACUUCUGGCAUAGAUUAUAAUAUUAAAAUAUGGGCACCAAUACGUGAUCAAGGAUUUUUCGAUGAAGUUGCUGCGAAUGACUUAAUGGCACGUAACGCAAUAAUGUUGGAAGAAACUAAAGAUACCAUUACAGUACCUGCAGCAUUCAUGAUUCGAAUGUUAGCUUGUAUUCAUUCAUUACGUAGUCGUAAUCGUAACAAUAGUGAUCAAAAUCCAAACACUAAUAACACAAAUAAUAAUAAUCAUAGAAAUGAUAAUAAUAGUGGCAACAGCAGUAAUGAUCAAAAUUAAAGAUAAAUUCUAAAUUUUAAUUGAAAAUUUUACUUUGUAUUUUUUCAAAGCUUUAAAUAAAUUUCCAAGACCAUUAGAGACGAUUAUUUUAAUAUGAAUUCAAAUAGUAUACCGUUCCAAAUAAUCAUUAAUUAAUUGUAAAUUUACUAAUGUAUAAGGAAGAGUUCACAAAUUACAAUUAAUAAUAGGUGAAGAAAAGCAAUACAAGAUGAUUUAGAAAAAAAUUGAACAAAAUUAAUAGAUAGUGAUUUUAUUAUAUAUAUACAUAUGUAUAAUAAUAGAGAUACGAAACAAAUUAAAAUUUUUAAAAUAA